AUGACUCAAGAAAAUAUACUCAUCGGUAGCAGAAGAUCGAAGUUGGCCAUCUACCAAUCGAACCAGGUCAAAGCACUCAUAGAAGCUCAUUUCCCGCAGUACAACUGUGUUGUGAUCACCCAUCAGACCCUUGGUGAUCAGAAGCAGAUGAAACCGCUCUAUUCGUUUGGUGGGAAAUCCCUGUGGACCAAAGAGCUGGAAGACUUGUUGUACACCCCAGAUAAAUCGUCCAGACUCGAUUUGAUUGUCCAUUCUUUGAAAGACAUGCCCACUCAAAUCCCCACAGGCUUCGAGCUUGCAGGCAUCACCAAUAGAGUAGACCCUUCCGACUGUUUGAUAAUGGCCAAGGGGUCCCCGUACCGUACUUUGGCCGAUUUGCCGGAUGGCGCCGUCGUCGGCACUUCCAGUGUCCGUAGAUCAGCUCAACUAAAGAAACUAUAUCCCAAACUACAAUAUAUCAGUGUCAGAGGUAACAUCCACACAAGAUUGAGGAAACUAGACGACCCAGAUACUCCCUUCCAAUGUAUCAUCCUUGCCACUGCAGGUCUCAUCAGAAUGAACCUCCAUCACCGUAUCACACAACGUUUCGAUUCAAACACAAUGUACCAUGCAGUCGGACAAGGUGCUCUGGGCAUAGAAAUCCGUAAAGGCGACACCAAGAUACAAAACAUCAUACAAUCCAUUUCAGAUUGGCAGACUGCCGUCUGUUGCACUGCAGAAAGAUCUCUGAUGAGCGGCUUGGAAGCAGGCUGCUCCGUGCCCCUCGGUGUCAACACUAACUACGACUUGACUACAAAGCUUUUGACCUUGGAAGGCUGUGUGAUAGAUAUCGAUGGGACAGGCCAAAUCAUCUGUCGUGUGGAAACCUAUAUAGAAACCUUGCACGACGCAAGAGCAUGUGGCCAACUGUUGUGUGAUAAAAUGAUUGCCAAUGGUGCAAGAGAGUUGCUCGACUGUAUCGACGAACAAUUGAACGAGGCAAACGCAACCUCAAGCGAAUCCACCACAUCCUCCAUCAAAGACGAACAUUUAAACCAACAUUUGGAUACCGACCCUUUGAAUGAAAAAAUAGCCAUACCUACUACAAGUAAAGUAAGUAGUUGA